UAAGAAGAGAGUAAUGUCCAAUAAAAUGAGAAGAGGGACUAUUAGUCCAGGAACAUUCAUGUCACCCAAAAACAGAAGCUCAAUACUUGGUAAAUCAACAAGUCUAGCAAGCUUGAAAACAGAUACUAAAAUGGCUUCUGAAAUGAUAGCUAGCUUACAGAAAUCUAAAUUUGAUUCUUCUGCUAAUAGUAGAAGUAAUAAAGCAAAAAUUCAGAAGAAAUAUAGUAGAAACAUAAAAUACCCUAGAAACUUCAAAAAUCCUUCAUCUCUCAACCAAAACCAGUCAAUUAUCAGCCUAAAAUCUACCAGAAAACCAUCAAUUCUCAAAAAGAACAGGAACAGCUUGCCUAGAGAUAACUCUAAGUAAAUAGGUCUUCUUCAAAAUCCAAAAAGUACAAACUCAAGGAGAAGCCUGUGUCUAAGGAUGCUAAGAAGAAUUAUGAUAGCUUCUCAAGAGGCCACGAAGGAAUGGAUUUCAAAGGCAGCAGCAAAACACUUAAUGUUUUUAAUACGUUAAAGGCAAAGAUAUAUCAAAACUUACCCAAAAAUGCGACUAUGCUAAAUUCUCCGUCUCGGAAUGGAGCCCCGAGACAGAAUUAUACUGUGGGGUAUAAUGAUUGAUCGCCUCAUUAUUCUAAUGAGGAGACUAAGACUACUGAUAGGAAAUUUGCAUUAAGCUCUUUUGACAAUGCUCCCAAGUCAAACUUGUUCCAGCAAAUUAAGACUAAGAGGCAGCAAGAGCAACGAGAGAAUUCUGUGUUUAUCAAAAAGCUUGAGGAAGAUCUUCUCAGCCAUUACAAUUAUUACUGUAAUUGUAAGGAUGGAAAGAACUUCAGUGCUGAAUAUGAGAUCAAGGAUGCAACCAACAAAGCUCUUGACAAAGUCAAGAACCUAGUCAACAAGAAUCUCUCGAAUGUGAUCAAGAUCGCUCAGAGAUCCUUCAAUGAUUGUAUGGAAGUCAUGAUGGAGACAUGAAAGAAGAGGGAAAAAGCUGUAUCUAAAGCUAAUCAGAAGUCCAAAGAUCUCGAAUCUAGGAUUCAAGACUUGGAAAAGCAAACUGAGCUCCUUGAAAAUGAGAAUGCUAAGCUACAGAAAGAAAAGAAGAAAGCCAACGCAAAGCUUAAGAAUUUACAAAAAGAAUCCAAUUUGUUUAUGGGUAAAUUUGACGAAGCCAAGAUUCUCAAGGAAAUCAAAGAUCUGAUAGCUGAGAACGAGAACAUCAGAGAUUUCGCAAGGGAAAUUAAGAGUGAACUGGAGUACGGCAGGCAACGGGAAAAUAAGUUGAUGUAUUUCCUCUAUGUUUUGCAGAAAAAGGAGUUCCCAGUGUAUGAUAUCUUUGAAGCAGAUAUAAAAUCUAUCCCGACUUAUAGAUUCUCCAUCAAUCUUGAUGAGGAGUAUAAGAAACUUUAUGAGGAGUUUAACCCUCCUCAUGGAACAAGUUCGACAGGGAAGACUCUUAAGUUAUUAAAUAAUCAGAAUGUUGGGGUAGAUAGCAGUGUAAAUUCUUCAUUACCGCUUGAGACAGGACCUGCUCCUGCUCAGAACAAGCCUAUGAUCGUUCCUGAUUUAGAUCUGAAUGGGAUCUUAAAUAAACAGUUGAAGAAGCAGCCAGAGAAUACAAACUUCGCUCAAGAUAAAUUCAUUAAAAACAAAGGUGCUAUGAGCGCUGGAUUAGCUGAGUACAACAGAGAGUGCUCAGAAGAUCCCUCUGAGGAAGAAGACUGUGACUGUACUUAUUGCCGUGAGCUCCAUCAUUCCUCUGAAAAUUCAAAUAUUCAGGAGAAUUUGAGUGGCUCAAACUCUCUAUGCAAUAAGAUACUCUCUCCAGAAGAUAUUGAAGCCAGAAACAGACGAGUCGAACAGAUUCUCAAGAGGGAUGAUUAUCAAAAUUACAGACUGAUCAGAGACCUAAACAAAAUGCAAGAGAUGGCAGAGUCUUUUAACCAAAGUCAAAAAUAAAUUCAAUAUACAA